UUCUUCAGGCUGUAGGUUUGACACGCUCAACCUUUAGCCAAAGUGUCUCAUCUAUCAAAACCUACAACUAAAACUCAGUAUUUGCAGCGUGCUUUGCGCUACAUGAAGGUUACGUAUAGUCGAGGUUAUCUUCGAAGCUUCUCAUGAACCCACCUUCGUGACGCAACCUUACGCUGCUGCGCACGUGCAGUCGCGCACACACCUGAUGCAAAGCGGUGCAAAGAGGUGUCGGAGUCCACAUGUGACUUACUUGUUUAACAUUUAAUGUGGCCACCAAAUCACAGUUCCUUUUAUCUAGCUAACAUUUCGCAGCCAUGCUAACUGCUGUGCGGUGGAUGCUGUCCAGACUGGUUUCUCCGUUGUGGAGAUCAGUUGAUGCGGAUGAAGAUGGCUUCCUUGAUUGUUCGGGGGCAGAGGACAUUCGCCACCUGCGAGGCAGCGUGGUGACACAGCUGUGUCUGGACUAUGGCAUGAUUGAUGAUGCCGUCUUUUUCACAAGUAAUGUGGUUUUGGGUGGGAUGCUACUGAAGAAAGGUGACCUCGUGAACUGCAUAGCGUUAAGAGAUGGUGUUGAAGGAGGAUGGAAGGCUUUAAGGGUGGAGAAGAGUUCAGACGCCUGGGACGAUGGUGGAAGAACCUCUUUAGAAGCUGACAGUUUGCAGCUGAGACCUCUCAUUGGGACUGUCACGUCUUUUGAUGGCAACGAUGGCUACAUUAAUCAGACUACUUAUUUUGCACACCACUCUCUUUUGCAAGGGUAUGAGCCAAUGAAAGGAGACUGGGUCCAAGCCCAGUAUUUCAUUAACCCAACCCAGUGGACCACACAAGCUCAUUCUGUGACCCCUUUACGCUAUAGCCGCCUGGACCAAGUCCGUGUGACUAGCGUGUUCGGCACCAACGGCGUGGUGGAGGACAGCGUUUUCUUCAGCUUGAACUCUCUGCUGCUGCCUGCUCACUACCAGCCUUUAGAGGGGGACCUGGUCAACGUGGUGAUGGUGGAGAGCACUCAGUCGUUGUACAGUUGGAGGGCCCUGUGCAUGGCACCCUGCCCUCAGAGUAGGAACAUUUCUGCCACGCCUCUUCUGCAAACUGAAGUCUUGGAAAACAAAGAAGGCCUUGACGUUUCAGACUACGGUCAGUUCGGAGAAGCAAAUCUUGGGGAGAGACUAGAGCUGGUGAUCUGGAUACAAAAUCAAGGCUCUGAGGUGCACACGCUGAAGGGUUGUGAGUUUGCUGGCUGGGAUUCUGAAGAACAGUUCACCGUGUUUACUGUCAAGAAAUCUACGUCACAGAGCCCAGGACGACACUGUUCGAAAGAAAACUGCUCUCAGUCCUCAGAAAACCAAGUCAAGGAUUCAAAGGAGGACACUGCUCAUCAACGUGAUGUGAGAAAAGCGGAGUUGGAGGUGAAAAUAUCUCCUGGAGAGAGACUCUCUGUUGUAAUAUCCUGUCAAGCAAAAAGUCUGGGAAGCUGUGCUGAGCUUCUGCUGCUGCAUUUUUCUAGUUUCACCAUCGGGCGGCGCCUGGAGGUGACAGUUUGUUGUGAGAAUGAAAACCUGCUGCAGCCCUCUGAGCCUUAUUACAAGCCCAUUGAUACCAAGCUGCUGUUAAAAGCGUCUCCUCAUGUGAUCACUGUGUCUGCUCCAAAAGAGGCCCCAAGGUUUAGUAAACGACGGCUGCCAAACUUCCUGCCCAGCUUCCCGGUGCCGAAGGCUCUAAGAGACUGUGUAGAGGCACAGAGUGAUGUGCUGGUGGCUCAGCCCUGCCUGGGGGAGGUCUUGUCACCGUUCAACAUGCAGUCACGAUUCUCAGCCCUUCUGUGGCUUGAAGAGCUUCAUGCAGAAAAGGAAGUUAAAGAACUCACAAUUAGUGGAGCACUUCUCAGGAAAGGAGCUGCCUCUUUGCACCUCGAGGUGCUCGGAUUGUCUGAAGGCAGACCUAAUCUUAACAUCGGUGACAGAGUAAUACUAAAGAAACCCCGCGGUGAUGGAGUGAUAUUGGAGUUCGUUAGUUGUGUUACAGAGAUUAAUGACGAGGACGUGGGUUUGAGGGUAAAUUCCGACUUUCAGCACAGCUAUGUUGGUGAGCCACUUGAUGUUGAGUUCACCUUCAACAGGUUGACUGUGAGGCGAUGCCACAAUGCACUGGAACAGUCCAAACACUUUGAAGAAAUUUUCUUUCCCUCCAGAGUGACACUUCAGACCCCUCAGUGGACUGUAAAAUGGAAAGAUGAGAGUCCAGCGACUGAAGAUGAGCGAGUGUCGAGUGCUUCCAUUGACACCGAGUCAAAGGCCACACAAACAAAAGUCACAGAUGGAAAACUGGCAUCUAAACCCAUCCCCAGCAAAGGACAGUUCUUCAACCUGGAUCUUAACUCCUGUCAGAAAGAGGCAGUGAAGAAUAUCCUGGCAGGAGAAUGUCGACCUUUACCUUAUGUGCUCUUUGGGCCUCCAGGAACUGGAAAGACUAUCACCCUUAUUGAGGCCAUACUGCAGGUGUACCACUUUCUGCCCAGCAGUCGGGUACUUGUAUGCACUCCAUCCAACAGUGCUGCUGACCUCAUCUGCAUACGUCUCCAUUAUAGCGGCUUCCUGCAUGCCACAAGCCUGGCUCGAGUCAAUGCAUCCUGCAGGGGAAACGAAUCUAUUCCAGAAGUGCUGCAACCUUACUCGAAGGCUGGAGAAGACAUCCGCCAAGCUGCUUUCCACAGGAUUGUGGUCAGCACCUGUUCCAGUGCUGGCAUGUUUCAUAGUAUUGGAAUCCAAGUGGGACAUUUUACUCAUGUGUUUCUGGAUGAAGCUGGUCAAGCCACAGAGCCAGAGUCUCUGAUUCCCAUCAGCUUCGUGUCUGAAAAAGAUGGACAGAUAGUGCUGGCUGGAGACCCCUGCCAGUUGGGUCCAGUAGUGAAGUCUAAGCUGGCCUCUGCUUUUGGUCUCGGGGUGUCUUUGAUAGAGAGGCUGAUGUCCAACCCGCUGUACAGCAAAAAAGACUGGGGCUACAACCCAAAACUGGUGACUAAGCUAAUCUUCAACUAUCGCUGUCAUGAGGCUCUGCUCGCUCUGCCCUCCAAGCUGUUCUACCAGGGAGAGUUGUGCUUUAAAGCUCCACGGGAUGUUGUGGAGUCCCUCUGCCAGUGGAAAAGCCUUCCCAGAAAAGGCUUCCCGCUCAUUUUUCACGGAGUCAGGGGUACAGAAAUGAGGGAAGGCAACAACCCAUCAUGGUUUAAUCCAGCAGAGGCUGUGCAGGUCAUGCUCUACUGCUGCCAGCUGGCAAAGAAGCUCUCCAAUCCUGUUAACACCUCUGACAUCGGCAUCAUCGCUCCCUACAGAAAACAAUGUGAGAAAAUCCGAAUGCUGCUGUGUAAAGUGGGUUUGUCUGAAAUCAAAGUGGGCUCAGUGGAGGAGUUCCAGGGACAAGAGUUUCUCGUCAUCAUCAUGUCAACGGUGCGUUCUAAUGAGUCCAUGGAAAGUGCUGAUUUGCAGAGUUCAAUGGGGUUUUUGGCUAACCAAAAGCGCUUUAACGUGGCCAUCACUCGCUCUAAAGCUCUGCUCCUGAUUAUUGGAAACCCCCACAUUCUCAUUCGGGAUCCGUGCUUCAGGGCUCUACUGCAGUACUGUUACAAUAAUGGGGUGUAUCUGGGUUGUGAUGCCCCGCUCUUCCUGAGGGACACUCAGAGAGCUGCAGAGUAAAGGUGAAGCGAGAUGGCAUCAUUAAUGGUCUACUUCAACAAUGUUUUUGUUUUGUUUUUACAUUUAUGUCUAAUCUCUACUGCUUUCAAAUUAUCUGUAUAUUUUGUUCAUUUUUUUUUCCGUUGGAGGCCAAAUUUGUUCUAUUAGAGUUAGAAAUAAAGAUUUUGCUUGUGUA